CACAUACUCCCUCCCACUACCACCGACCGAAGUGUUUUGUAGGGCAGAGAGUAAAACAAGGGUUUGUGAAAGUGUUAACGAAGCCUCGAUGCUGGUGCAAGAUUCGGAGGGAGACUUACACGGUGCAUGCGCUGAUGCAAACCCCAGGUAUAUACGUCCACCUUCUCCAAUCUGCAAUAAAUUCCAAAGACCCAUUCAUCGGAAGAUCCAUUCACGCCCAGAUCAUCAAACACGGCCUUUCCCUCGGCGUCUUCUUGAUGAACAACCUCCUCAAUUUCUACGCCAAAGUUGGCUCCUUAUCCGACGCUCACCGCUUGUUCCGUGAAAUGCCCCUUAAAACCACAUUCUCUUGGAACACCAUUCUGUCCGCAUACGUGAAAGGUGGCGACUUGGAGCCUGCACGCCGUGUGUUUGAUGAAAUUCCUCAACCAGAUUCUGUCUCCUGGACCACCAUGAUUGUGGGCUACAACCACUUGGGUCUUUCCAAUAGCGCUAUUCAUAUGUUCCUCAACAUGGUUUCCUCUGGAAUUUCGCCUACCCAGUUCACGUUUACCAAUGUUCUUGCCUCGUGUGCCGCAACUCAAGCCUUGGAUGUUGGAAAGAAGGUUCAUUCCUUCGUUGUAAAACUAGGGCUUUCCGGUGUUGUUCCUGUGGCUAAUUCGCUGCUUAACAUGUAUGCAAAGUCUGGUGAUUCGGUAAUGGCAAAGGUUGUUUUUGACCGGAUGAGGUUGAAAGACAAAUCAACUUGGAAUACUAUGAUUUCAAUGCAAAUGCAGUAUGGUAGACUUGACCUUGCACUUUCACUCUUUGAACAAAUGAUUGAUCCUGAUAUUGUCUCUUGGAAUUCCAUCAUCGCAGGAUACUGUCAUCAGGGAUAUGACAUCAAAGCCCUGGAAACAUUCUCUAGCAUGCUUGAGAGUUCAUCUUUGAAGCCGGAUAAGUUCACCUUGGGAAGUGUUCUGUCAGCUUGUGCCAAUCUUGAAAGCUUGAAAUUUGGUAUGCAAAUACAUGCACACAUUCUAAGAGCUGAUGUUGACAUCUCUGGGGCAGUGAGGAAUGCCCUGAUCUCAAUGUAUGCAAAAUCAGGUGCCGUUGAAAUUGCUCGAAGGAUUGUAGAACUAACCGGUACUUCUAGUCUUAAUGUUAUAGCAUUCACAUCCCUGUUGGAUGGCUAUUUCAAAAUUGGGGACAUAAACCCUGCGAGAGAGAUAUUUGAUUCAUUGAAGUGUCGCGAUGUAGUUGCAUGGACUGCCAUGAUUGUUGGUUAUACGCAGAAUGGCUUACUUAGUGAUGCUUUGGAGCUCUUUAGGUUGAUGAUUAGAGAAGGUCCAAAGCCAAACAACUAUACCCUGGCAGCUGUAAUAAGUGUCAUUUCAAGCAUGGCUUCUCUGGAUCAUGGGAAGCAGCUUCAUGCAACUGCCAUAAGAUUGGAAGAAGUAUCUUCGGUUUCUGUGGGUAAUGCUUUAAUUACCGCGUACUCAAGAUCCGGAAGCAUCAAAGAUGCUAGGAAAGUAUUCAAACAAAUAUGCUCCAACAGGGAUAAAUUGAGUUGGACUUCCAUGAUCAUAGCUCUAGCUCAACAUGGUCUUGGAAAUGAGGCCAUAGAACUGUUUGAAAGGAUGCUGAAAAUUAACUUGAAGCCUGAUCACAUUACUUAUGUUGGUGUGUUGUCUGCUUGCACACACGUAGGAUUGGUAGAACAAGGUAAAAGUUACUUUAACUUGAUGAAAAAUGUUCAUAACAUUGAACCCACCUCUAGCCACUACGCAUGCAUGAUUGACCUGUUUGGACGUGCUGGAUUGCUUGAAGAAGCAUAUAAUUUUAUUAGAAAUAUGCCUAUUGAACCAGAUGCUAUAGCUUGGGGUUCGCUUUUGUCUUCUUGUAGGGUUCAUAAAAAUGUGGAUUUGGCUAAAGUGGCAGCUGAAAAUUUGCUUCUUGUUGAUCCCAACAAUAGUGGGGCUUACUCAGCUCUUGCUAAUACUCUUUCAGCCUGUGGUAAAUGGGAGGAUGCUGCUAAAGUUAGGAAGUCAAUGAAGGACAGAGCAGUAAAGAAAGAACAAGGAUUCAGUUGGGUUCAAAUCCAUAACAAAGUACAUAUUUUUGGGGCUGACGACGCGCUUCACCAACAAAGAGAUGCAAUCUAUCAAUUGAUGUCAAGAAUAUGGAGGGAGAUAAAGAAAAUGGGUUUUACUCCUGACACUGACUCUGUAUUGCAUGACCUAGAGCCAGAAGUGAAAGAACAGAUCCUUAGACAUCAUAGUGAAAAACUCGCUAUUGCAUUUGCAAUAAUAAAUACUCCAGAGCAUACUACACUGAGGAUCAUGAAGAACCUUAGAGUUUGUAAUGACUGUCAUUCCGCCAUAAAAUAUAUCUCUAUGCUUGUGGGAAGAGAAAUUAUAGUAAGAGAUGCCACGCGUUUUCAUCAUUUCAAGGAUGGUUCUUGCUCCUGUCAGGAUUACUGGUAGAAGAAACAACUGAAUUUUGCGUAGACUGCUAUUUGACAAGUAAUUUUCAAGUACAUUCAACUGAAGACAAUUUAACCGUUAACAGGAGAAUAAAUUUGCCAUCACUUUCUAUCUUAGUUGGCUUUUAAAUGAGUUUUGUCUUAAAGGGAACAAGUGCAAUAAUGUUCAAUCAAGCUUUCAUAUGAAAUCUCGUAUUACCAAAUUGGACAUUUUCAGCGAAGCUAUAUUUGAAUCGAUCACUUCAGUGAACCCUCUCAGGCUAGUCUGCAAAGGUUUUAAGUAUUUAUGAAAGUGAUGACCUGUUCCUAUUGAUUGAUGCGGAGUUAGUCUGUAAUUGGUUUGUUGUCUUGCACACGUGGAAUUGGUAGAACAGGAUAAAAGUUUACUUUAACUAGAUAAAAAAUGUUCAUAACAUUGAACCCACCUCUAGCUAAUGCGCACGCAUUGCAGGGAACUAUGCUUUUGUGGAUUGGUAGGCUUAUUGAAGAAGCUUAGCACAUUGAUAUAGAGUUUCUAUAGAGACAAAUGGUCUAGGGCUUCCUCUUAGUUGAAGCAACAAGGAUUGGUCAUCCGAAAGGAUUGAUAUGUGAUUAAUGCUGGAAAUUAUUCUUUGGUAAGAAAUCUAUGCUGUGAAUCCUCUUUUGAAACCUCUGACAUUAUUGAUGGAGGAUAAUAGGGAAUGUGGGAAGGAGCUGCCCCACAGUAGUCUGAAAUCCAAACUUGAAUGUAAACUCCCAUUGAAUUUGAACUGAUAAGAUACAAGGUAACCUGUAAAAAUAAAUGACUGCACGCGAUUGUGUUUUCUCCAUUAAAAAAAGGGCUAGCAUUAAAUGACUGCAAACUACGGCUACUUCCACGCACUCCUGUAGAAAAACUCUGAAGAGCUAUGUUAUAUCUGCAGGCUGGGUUUGAACAUCUAAUACUUACUGAAAUAGAAUGAAUUGAGAUGGAGUGGAAUAAAAUUAUUAUUC